AUGUCUUAAAAUAUUGUAUCAGUAUAUUUAGUCAGGGAGUUUUUCUGUUUUGUAUCGUGUUUUAAUAGAUAAAAGUUAGAUUACUUCAGAGAUUUACAGUGGAGCGGCCCACCAAGACAAGAAUUGCUUGUCUGUGUUGACUAUGUUCCGCUGUGGCACAAUUGGUCGAAUUUUAAACAUGAUCAUUAUUUUGGCUGCUAUGGAUGUGUUUGCAUUUGUGUGACAAACUUUGGACACAGUGCUAGUAAGUUUCAUGCAUUUCCAAUCAGUAUGAACAUAUAGAAUGCCAAGGUUUCACAUUAGACGUGAAAAACAACAGUACUGAGGCAUUUGAAACCUGUCAAUCAUUGACAUAUGACCUGAAGAUGGCAAACGUGUUGUUGAGGUGCCGUUUCAAUUCACUGUGGCUGAGAGGAAGAAAAUAUAAACUGUGGCUUAUUUGAUUCCAAGCCCAAUUACUCUCACUAAACAUUAUUAGCCAUCAGGUUCAUGCUAAAUGGCAUGCUAGCACAAUAUGCCACAGGGAAAUGGAGGACAUUAGAACUUUAUUCGUUCCUGUAUUCUGUAAUUCCUUCCAUUGCAUUGCACUUCCUAAUUGCACAAAUAUUUCAGAAUACUCAGGCACACACACCAUCACUCGCACAACAGUUUGUGACAGCACUAACACAUCAAUGCUGCAGUCACGCUAUGACAACUGAGUUGGGGAGCGGUUACUGACAGACGGCUCUCUUGCAUGGACAGGACAUGCGGAAUAGAAGAACGAUGCUGAUGUCUGGAUUUUCGUAAGAGCUUAAAUUGCGGCUUGAAUUUUUCUUCUUUGUCUUAAACAUGUAUUACAAUUAAAAUGUGUUGCAAUUCUCUGUGUGAAGCUCAGAUGAUGCUUUUAAUAGUGGGUCUUCCAUCUCCCUCCCACUUGUGCUGCAUGCAGUGGUCACAGUGGAGGUGAGUGGCAGCAGGCUAGUUUGAAGAGGUAGGGCUGAAGGCCAGCUGUGUCAGUCAUGGAUUCCCUUUUAUCUUUAAGCAUUCAAUUCGUGGACUGAUUCAGUUUGAAAUCCCUGUACACACGUAUAAAUUUGUGGAAGAAAUGGAAGAUGGAAACAACUGUUGCACUUUUUGCACACUGUCUCAGGACAUUUGCAUGAGUGUGAGCACAUAGACGUGUACCCCCCUCUCCCUGAAACAAUCCAUUGGGGCUUUUUUUUUUCAAUUAACUUACAUCUGGUCAGCCCAAUGUUAUCAUUGUGGGUCACAUUAGCUGCACAUCCUCUCUGACAUGUCUGCGCCCCGCUCCUCGACUGCCUGGCUUAGUGCCAGUCUUGUGCACUUGCAGAUAUUGACACACACACACCACUGCCCCUGUUCUCUCCAGCCUGGGAUUUGUUCGUGUGUGGAGGAGCUGAAUGAAUAUUUUUGGGAAUUAAAUGGAGAUAUAGAAUAACUUGCAUGCAACUAUGUUUUAACCUUGUGCCAAAUUGAUGAGUUAGCAUGUUCUGAUCAAUUGUUUGGGAACUGACUCGUUCUAUUCAUGGCAAAUGUCUGAGCUCGAAAGAGGUGCACCAGUGUGAGUGCUGUGAUAGUCUAGCACAUCUGGACAUAGUGGCGGUUCAUCUCUGAGGAUUCUGUGUAUCCAUAGAAAAUAGCUUUGAGCUGAGAAAGAAGGUGAGAUGAAGGGAGGGGGAGCUGGUGUGUACGUGUGUGUGUGCGCGUGUGUGUGUGUGUUCCUUCUUUGAGGUAUUGUGUGUCAUCUCCCUGCACUCUCUACCACAGCCGUCUGCUGAAUAGUAAUCACUGACACCAGGAUAGCAGAAGGGGAAGGCAGCAGGGCUGAAGGGGAGAGAACAGGAUAGAUUGCAGUGAGAAGGAGAGAGAAGGCAAGCAUAGUUAUGAAGAGAGAGGUGGAAUGCAAGGCUAACAAUCCUGCUGCAUUAUCUACUUGCUGUUUGCAAGUGUGAAAAGGAAGAAGGAGGCAGGAGAUCUGCCGGAGGAUCCACUUCUCCUGUGUGACGUGCUGGUGGUCUAGCAUUUUCAGCUGGCUUUACUGGACUCCAAUCUCUGCACUUUGUCUAAAGCUGAAAUUCAGUUCCACAUCGCUCAUUUAUAUGAAAUUCAGAAGAAGUACAGGGCUGCUAAAGAGGCAUAUGAAAGUCUAUUGCAGACGGAGAAUCUUCCUGCACAGGUGAAGGCGUCAACACUGCAACAGCUUGGCUGGAUGCAUCACAUGGUGGAGCAGCUCGGGGAUAAAGGCGCCAAGGACAGCUAUGCCAUCCAGUGUCUGCAGAAGUCUCUAGAGGCCGACCCAAACUCUGGCCAGUCGUGGUACUUUCUCGGCAGGUGCUACUCCAGUAUUGGGAAAGUACAGGAUGCCUUUAUCUCCUACCGUCAGUCCAUUGAUAAAUCAGAGGCCAGUGCUGACACCUGGUGCUCCAUAGGCGUUCUCUACCAGCAGCAGAACCAGCCUAUGGACGCACUGCAAGCCUACAUCUGUGCUGUUCAACUGGACCACAACCACGCUGCCGCCUGGAUGGAUUUAGGGACACUGUACGAGUCCUGCGGGCAACCCCAUGACGCGAUCAAGUGCUACAUCAACGCCACGCGCAGCAAGACCUGCCUCAACACGGCCGCGCUCACUCAGCGAAUCAAACUGCUGCAGGCACAGUUGUGUAACCUACAGCCAGGUAGUCUGCAGAAUAAGAGUAAAAUGCUUCCUAGUAUUGAGGAGGCAUGGAGCCUUCCCAUCCCUGCUGAGCUCACGUCCAGACAGGGAGCCUUGAACACAGCACAAGCACAGCAGGCCUGUUCAGGUCCUGGCGACGCAUCCCAAUCUGCUAGUAAAAACCACUCGGACCUGCAGGCAAGUCCUGCCAAGCGCAAACGCACAGAAAGCCCAGUAAAGGAAAACGCUGAGUCAAUCAACCCUAAUCAAGUUCCCGGCUGGUAUCUCACACCACAGAAGCUGCAGCUUCUGGAUCACUUGCGAAGCAACAGAGCGAACCUCAAGAGCCCGCAGGUGCAGAUGCUGGAGCAGCUAGAAAACCAGUUCUCACUCAUGCAGCAACAUCAGCAGCAGAUGAGGCAGCAGUCGGCGGGAAAUGCUCAGCUGCGUCCCAAUGUCCCAAACGGCCCUGUGGCCGGAUUGUCAAACCACAGUGAAAGCACCCCACACACGUCCCCACUGAACCCAGCAGCCACCCGACCCCCAUCUGUCCCUCAUCCUACAGCCAAUGGAUCUUGUUCUAGUCCAUCACCAGGACUGCUGGGUCGCUUGGAUACCAGUUCUCCCAGCAAAGGUCACACCACAGGGCUGGGAGGUGGCGGUACGAGCAACGGAAAUGUGCCUUACCCACAGCAGAACUCUCUACCUCACAACUGCACAGCCGCCACCAACCCGAGCACCAGCAGCGCUAGCGGCAGUCCCGGCCAUCUAGAGGAGACGUGGAGGAGCAAACAGUGCAACACUACCACUCAGGGGCUUCCAAAAGGUUCCCAUUUGGCAGGUCCCAAUGGAGAACCCCUUUCCUGCUCAUCUUCCCCUCAGACCGCCUUUUCUUCCUCUGGCAUUCUGAACCAGGUGGGACAUUCCUCCGGGCCCUGCACUGUCUCCUCAUCGGCCUCCUCUUUAUCCCCCACCUCCCCGCAGACCACACCAAACCACUUCUCCUCGCCCCCCCACGCCACCACUACCUCAGGGGUCCACACCAAAGAAGCUGCGCCUGCCGGGGUCAACAGCGCCACCAGUGGUGCCGUUUCCUCUUUGACAUCAGGUCCAGAGGCCUCCGCAGGGACCUCUCAAAGUUCCGGUGCAAAGCCUGAGCAGGGAUUGACCAAUCACAUCCAGGACGUCCCCACAAGCCAUCCUAGCUCUCCUGCCCUGGGCGCGCUCACUUCAGACAAUCCUCAGCUCUCUGCCUUGUUAAAGGGAAAAGCCAGUGCAACAACAACCAACGAUGAUAACAAUAACUGCAGUAACAACGGAGACCCUUCCUCAGAGAAGAUCAACAACGUCCUCUCUGGUCUCCAUGCCUCGGUCAAACCACCAUCGCAACUUUCGGUGUCUUCCUCGCCGUUGUCGGCCGCAGCCACGCCCUCCCCAAGCUCUGCUGACCAGCGAGCCGCGACCAGCCCGUCCUCUUUCACCAGUCAGGGGCGGAUGGUCAAUGGAAAGGGAUCAUGUGAAGAUUCUCGGAGCCCACUGAAGGUUGAGUCUUCCGCAGGAAGUCACAGGCACUCGUCUAGUCUCUCACCCUGGUCCUCCGUAUCCAUCUACCCCAGUUCCAGUGAAGUUCUUAAAGCCUGCAGGAAUCUGGGGAAAAACGGUUUAACGACCAGCAGCAUCCUUCUGGACAAGUGCCCGCCACCACGCCCGCCUCCUUCGCCCUCCCCCCUGCUGCCAAAGGACAAACUGAACCCCCCAACGCCCAGUAUUUAUCUUGAAAACAAGCGGGACGCUUUCUUCCCCCCGCUCCAUCAGUUCUGCACGAAUCCAGCCAACCCGGUCACAGUCAUCAGAGGUCUGGCCGGAGCACUGAAGCUUGACUUGGGUCUAUUUUCGACAAAGACACUGGUGGAGGCGAACCCAGACCAUAUGGUGGAGGUGCGAUCCCAGCUGGCCCAACCCACUGACGAGAACUGGGACCCCAGCGGCAGCAGAAAGAUGUGGCGCUGUGAGAGCAGCCGCUCCCACACCACCAUCAUCAAGUACGCCCAGUACCAGGCAUCGUCCUUCCAGGAGUCGCUACGGGAGGAAACUGAGAAGAAGAAAGAAAUGGAGGCAGAAAUGGGCUCCCCAGACAGUCUCAGGCGGAAAAAAUGUCCAUUCAAACACAUCAAGUUUGGCACCAACAUCGACCUCUCUGAUGAGAAGAAAUGGAAGCAGCAGCUGCAGGAGCUGACCAAGCUGCCGGCCUUCGCCAGAGUGGUGUCAGCCGGAAAUCUGCUGAGUCAUGUGGGUCACACCAUCCUGGGCAUGAACACGGUGCAGCUCUACAUGAAGGUUCCAGGCAGCCGGACACCAGGCCACCAGGAGAACAACAACUUCUGCUCAGUCAACAUCAACAUCGGACCCGGGGACUGCGAGUGGUUUGCUGUGCCGGAGCCGUACUGGGGUGUGAUCAACGACUUCUGUGAAAAGAACAACAUCAACUUCCUGAUGGGCUCCUGGUGGCCCAACCUGGAGGAUCUGUAUGAGACCAACGUGCCCGUGUACCGCUUCAUCCAGCGACCUGGAGACCUGGUGUGGCUCAACACCGGCACCAUCCACUGGGUCCAGGCCAUCGGCUGGUGCAACAACAUCGCUUGGAAUGUGGGACCUCUUACAGCUCACCAGUACAAGCUGGCGGUGGAACGCUACGAAUGGAACAAACUGCAGAGCGUCAAGUCCAUCGUGCCCAUGAUCCACCUCUCUUGGAACAUGGCCCGCAACAUCAAAGUGUCGGACUCCAAGCUCUUCGAGAUGAUCAAGUACUGUCUGCUGCGGACGCUGAAGCAGUGUCAGAUGCAGCGGGAGCUGCUGCUGGCUGCAGGGAAGGAGCUGGUCUGGCACGGGAGGACCCAGAAUGAGCCGGCCCACUACUGCAGCAUCUGUGAGGUGGAGGUCUACGACCUCCUCUUCGUCACCAGCGAGAGCAACAGCAGGAAGACGUACGUGGUUCACUGCCAGGACUGCGCUCGCAGGGCCAGCGACAACCUGGACAACUUUGUGGUGCUGGAGCAGUACAAGAUCGAGGACCUGAUGCAGGUCUACGACCAGUUCACCCUGGCCAGUCCUUUGCCUUCCUCCUCUUGAUGUCGUCAUUCUGAGGAUUCAAACCCGAAACCUUCCAGGAAUCUUGAUUCCUGAUAUUCAGGAAUUUUAGCCCACGGUCCUUCAGCUGCGCUCGGCAGCCAUCUCACUAAGGCAGCUGCACGAAAGCUGUGCGUCUAUGCAAUUUUGUCUCCCCCUACUGGACUGGUGAGGGACGUCACCACAACCUGACUGUUCUACUUCAAGGACUUAUUGAAAUAAACCACGUAGAAAUCAUCACGAUCAAGGUUUUGAUUGUUUUAAGUGGCUGCGUUGUCUAACAAAACUACUGAUUUAAUCCGUUUUUCUCUCUCUUUCGUUUUCUAUCGUUUGUGUUUUGACCCCCCACCCAUCACCCACACUCACCACGAGACGUUAGUGUAGCUUCUGUAUGUUAGAUAGCCUCUUCCCUGGUCAGCAGACUUCGGUUUUGUAAUGUGAAAAGUUAAGUGAAAUGUCAUUUUGCGGAGCUUCGCAGUCUUUGGAACGAGAGGGAAUCAUUGGUCACUGAGAAAAAGGGUUGCACAUGAUGAGAGAGAGUGGACUUUGUUUUUUUUAUUGUUUGGAUGUAAAUUGACACUAUUUAUAAAUGCAUAUUUAUUGCUUGAAAAUAUUUGUUGAUGGAAUGCUGUAAGUUUUUUUUUUUCCCCAGAGUACCUGCCAUUAAAAUCUGAAGGAGC